UCUUCCACAAUAGUGCCUUCUGUCCUCAUGCUUCAAAAUCCAUUCACAAUUAAUCCUAAAUGCGCUUAUCUCUUUUUUAUUAUUGAAGCAUUAAAACCAUGGCUCCACGUCCUCGCAGCGCCCAAACUUUGGACGACAGACGUUCACGAGGUACUCGAUCCCACCUCUGCCGAGUCUGUCGGGGAAUCCAUCCUCUACGGAAGUGCAACCGUUUCCUGAGGCUCAGCACUGAGAAGCGGCUCCGCGCCGUUCUCAUAAAUAAAUAUUGUGCAAAUUGCCUGGCCCACCAGCAUUCCGAAAAAGUAUGUCGCAGCGGAGACACGUGCAAAAAGUGUGGGGAGAACCACCACACGCUGCUCCAUUUGCGCGAAUCUUCCGGUUCGCGCUGCCGAUCAAUUUCUCCGCUCCGACCCUCGAUGACGUCACCACGACCUUCAGCUUCCGUUUUACGCUCGCCAAGUCCAACGCCAAGCUCGCGGAACCAUUCCCGGUGUUCCGACCAGUUCGACCAGCCAACUGCAGAUCCAUCUGUGGCGUCUCUGUUGCAGCAUCGCAGCGUCCGGAGCGCCCUAGCCAACGAUGUUCGCGCUAAGUUCAACGAUAUCCGCAUCGCUGACGAACAAUUUCAUCGACCGGCGACUAUAUCCCUGGUGUUGGGCUCGGACGUGUAUCGUGACGUCAUCCAGCCCGGGUUCCUGAAUCUGGAUGAGGGGUUGCCUGUAGCACAAAGCACUGUGUUCGGCUGGAUUGUCUCCGGAUCAUGUCGACAGCCUUAAGGUGCCCGACGAGGUCUGAUUUGGUUGCCACGUUUCUCGUCGCAAGGGGGUGGAGAAUGUCCGCGCCAAGGAGGCGCUACUGUGAACGAUUAGAUUGAUAAAAUGAAUAAAUUCGUCGCAUAAACAGGAGCAAAUUUUAUAGUACCCCUCUUUAAAUCCAUUUUGGGGAAUAAUUUGAUAAAAAACUUGGACCAAAUAACAAGCCCUGAAAUAAUCAUUCAAUUGAAUCACAGUAGGUCUAGACGUAAAUAUGGACUU